CUGACAGCAAGAGAUGUUGUCCCUGUCUUGUAAUCCGCUUUUGGUGAGAACUUUGUAGGCCUCCAACUAUGUGGAGACGAACCUACCUCUUUCUGGUUGUUCUGCGCCUCUACUUGGCUCUGUCUCCCAGCUACAUCCACCCGGAUGAGCACUUCCAAGGACCAGAGGUUAUCGCAGGUCGCGUCUUUGGAUAUGCCUCUCACUUGACCUGGGAAUUUACUUCCGAUAGUCCAAUUCGCAGCGUGUUCCCCCUUUGGAUCUUCUAUGGCCUGCCCUUGACUUUGCUACGAUGGAUUUGCGACGGCAUCGGAUAUCAGAGCAUCUCUCCCGCCACUGUAUACUACACUCUACGUGCUUUGAUGUUUGUCUUGAGUUUCGUGCUUGAGGAUUGGGCUCUUGAUGAACUCAUCCAUGUCCCCAGACAGCGUCGUGCUGCCCAAAUGCUGGUGGCCUCUUCUUAUGUUACUUGGACCUUCCAGAACCAUACCUUCUCGAACUCAGUCGAGACUUUGAUUGUGCUAUGGUGCUUGGUGUUGAUCAAUCGCAUUAAAGAGGAUAAGGCACAUACGAGAGUCCUACCAUCUGCUCUGCUCGCCUUCCUUUGCGUGUUGGGCACUUUCAACCGCAUCACUUUUCCACCUUUUGUUAUGAUACCCCUUUUGCAGUUGGUUCCGCAUUUCCGCCAUAGACCUGUCUCCCUUCUGGUGAUGAUUCUAUCAGCAGCCGCGACACUGCUCUUCGCUGUUAUCACAGACACCGAGUGGUUCCUCCAGAAGCCGGUCCACUUGUCACAGCUGCGUGAAAUUGCUAUCGUCACACCUCUCAACAACUUGCUUUACAAUAUGGACAGCAGCAAUCUCGCCAAACAUGGUCUUCAUCCUUACUACCAGCAUGUAGUUGCAAACCUGCCUCAACUGCUUGGUCCCGCACUGCCCCUGAUAUUCUUCUCAUGCAGAAUGGGUAUGCCAAUGUACUCGGCAGGCUUCGGCAUAUUCGCCUUGUCUUGCCUCAAACAUCAGGAAGCACGCUUCUUGCUACCAGCAGUCCCUUUGAUCUUGUCCAGUAUCACUAUACCACGACGCAUGCGCAACGUCUGGAUAAGUGUCUGGAUCAUCUUCAAUGUCUGCCUCGGUCUGCUGAUGGGUGUCUUCCAUCAAGGUGGUGUCGUGCCAGCGCAGCUCUGGGUUGGCAAGCAGGAAGGUAUUCAGCAAGCCUUCUGGUGGAAGACGUACAGUCCUCCAACCUACCUUCUCGGCGAUAACCACCAAGGCCUGGUGACCAGAGACUUGAUGGGCAUGCGUGGCGACAGCCUUAUCGAAGAGCUCAAAGCCGAGGUGGAAUGCGAUGCCAAAUCUACAACACUCUUGCUCGCACCACUGAGCGCAACAUUCCUCGACACGUUCACCAGCAAUAACACUACUUCUGAAAUUGCCCUUGAAGAAGUAUGGCGGUACAGAAACCAUCUCAAUCUUGACGACAUGGACUUUGGCGACGAUGGUGUUUUGCCGACUCUGAAGCGUAUGAUUGGAAGGAGAGGAAUCGGCGCAUGGAAGGUGACAAGGAGAUGUUAAUGUUCUACUACAAAGUGCAAGAAGUCGAUAGUCACAGACGAGAGAGGCAAACAGAACCGUAAGGGUAAUUAAUGUCAAUGCUGUUGGUCAACCUCCU